AAGGGCCGGGCGCGAGCCGGGCUCCAUUGUGCUCGGCGGCGCGGGGCGGGAAGGGGCUGAGGGAGGUGGGAUCGGGCCCCCUCCCCCUGCUCCCCAGCGUGCGCUGCGCCCCCAGCCUGCUGCCAGCCUGGAAAUGGCUCCGUUUAUUCUCCUCGGGAGAAUGAAUCGAUCCUGCCCAGCCUUCUCUUCCUCCUCCCCACCUCCUCUCUGCUCCGAGUCUUAGGAGGGGAAACGUUUAAAAGACUCCAAUGUGGAGUGCCGUGCACAUCGCGAGCUGUUGGGUUUGCACCUCGAGGAGAUUUUUCUAUAUAGGUUUUUCUAACGUGACCGCAGGGAAGCAGUGGCAUUACUGCUUUUAGGAUUUUUAUUUUCUCCUAGGGAUCUCUAUAAAGUGCACGUCGCAUUGGGUUACACGCUCCACCCCCAAGGGAACUGGUGUGGUGGAGAAAUUUGAACCCGCAGCCUUAGUAGCCAAAAGGCCGAGUUACCUGGCUUUCCCAGAGUGUCGAGGAGGACAUGAGCGAAAUGACCACCGAACUCAUUUUUUAUAGGACUCGGUGAAGCUGGAUUCUGCGUUUUCCGACAGACACGUAGACUCAUUUCGUGGAAUAGAGUUGACCGCUGUCUCCUCCGCGCAGCAUUUUAACUCUAAUUUAAAGCAAAUGCCACCUCUGUUUGAACGUUUUGGUAUCUACGAGAGAAAUCAUUUUACCUAAGGGAACUAAUUGAAUUGUCAGCACCACUGAAAUACCUCCAGAAAAGGAUCUCGGGGGGUGGAAAAGCAACUGCGAAAUAACAGACGGAGAAAUUCCUUUGGAAGUUAUUCUGUAGCAGAAGAACAGAAACUUCAGAGCCAAGUUUUCAUUGGGCAAAAUGGGGGAACAACCCAUCUUCAGCACUCGAGCUCAUGUCUUCCAGAUUGACCCAAACACAAAGAAGAACUGGGUACCCACCAGCAAGCACGCAGUUACUGUGUCUUAUUUCUAUGACAGCACAAGAAAUGUGUACAGGAUAAUCAGUUUAGAUGGCUCAAAGGCAAUAAUUAAUAGCACCAUCACCCCAAACAUGACAUUUACUAAAACAUCUCAGAAGUUUGGCCAGUGGGCCGAUAGCCGGGCAAACACUGUUUAUGGACUGGGAUUCUCCUCUGAGCACCAUCUUUCAAAAUUUGCAGAAAAGUUUCAGGAAUUUAAAGAAGCUGCUCGACUAGCAAAGGAGAAAUCACAGGAAAAGAUGGAACUUACCAGUACACCUUCACAGGAAUCGGCAGGCGGGGAUCUUCAGUCUCCUUUAACACCAGAAAGUAUCAAUGGAACAGAUGAUGAAAGAACGCCUGAUGUGACACAGAACUCAGAGCCAAGGGCUGAACCAACUCAGAAUGCAUUGCCCUUUUCACAUAGUUCAGCAAUCAGCAAACAUUGGGAGGCUGAACUGGCUACCCUCAAAGGAAAUAAUGCCAAACUCACUGCGGCCCUGUUGGAGUCCACUGCCAAUGUGAAACAAUGGAAACAGCAGCUUGCUGCAUAUCAGGAGGAAGCAGAACGUCUGCACAAGCGGGUGACCGAGCUUGAAUGUGUUAGUAGCCAGGCAAAUGCAGUGCAUACCCAUAAGACAGAAUUAAAUCAAACAAUACAAGAACUAGAAGAGACGCUGAAAGUGAAGGAAGAGGAAAUAGAAAGAUUAAAACAAGAAAUUGAUAAUGCCAGAGAACUACAAGAACAGAGGGACACCCUGACUCAGAAACUACAGGAAGUAGAGAUUCGGAACAAAGACCUGGAGGGACAGCUGUCUGACUUAGAGCAACGUCUGGAGAAAAGUCAAAAUGAACAAGAAGCUUUUCGCAAUAACCUGAAGACACUCUUAGAAAUUCUUGAUGGAAAAAUAUUUGAACUAACGGAAUUACGAGAUAACUUGGCCAAGCUACUAGAAUGCAGCUAAGGAAAGUUAAAUUUCAGUGCCAAUUGAUUAAAAAAUACACUGUCUCUCUUCAUAGGACUGUUUGGGCUCUGCAUCAAGAUCGCACAUAAAAUUUGAAUAUCACUCCUCCUCCAGGAGGAUGAUCUUUUGAAAAUUGGAAUUGUAUAUUUCAGUGUAAAUUUUAGAAUUCAGCUCGUAGCUAGUUGGGGAAAAAAGAGAUGAAAAACUUGAACUACAAAUUACCUCCAUGUAUAUUAUUGGCCAUAGUUAACUAGAAAGUUAUAAAUAGACACUUAAUGCAAUCUUUUUUUUCUGAUAUUAGCCAGUGGGAGAAUUAACAAUGUCUGGGUCACAUCCCCUUUUUGUGUUCAACACAGUGAAGGUUAUCUGCUUUUUAAAUUAAUUUAUUUAUGAUAUCUAAAGCUGUGUUUUGUGCAAAAACUUAGUGAUGAAAGCCCUGUCUUCUGUUGUAAUCUGAAUAAUUUCUCAGGAUAUUUUUGCACUGCUGAGAAGCAGCGCCAUUACCAAUUAAUUCUUGCCAGGAGUGAGAGAGAGCUGCAUCUUUAAUUGAAACAUACUUACUAGAACUGGGUGUAUAGAGUUCUUCCCUUUUUUUAUACUGGAAGAUAUUUCACUCGGUGACCACUCUGGUACACUCUGGUGUUCUUGAAUCUUGUCUGCUGUAUAGUUAGUUUACUUUUCCAUAUCGAUUCCGUGUAUUUAUGAGAAGAUAUUGUCUCCCAUUUUAUUACACAUUUUAAAGCCAACUAACGAAGGCAGCUGAGUCCCUCAGAAAUUUUUCUUUUUAAAUUUCUAAUAAAUUUGACACACAGUACUGAAAUACAGCAGCCCGUCAUCGACGGUCUGGCCUAGCAAUGUUAAGUAUAUUUACAGAAUAUGCAGUUACAUUUAUUUAUAUAUUUUGCAAGAAAUCUUUUCUGAAUGAUCGAUGCAUUUCAAUUUACAACUAAUAAUGGCUAUUGGGGAACUGUUUAUUAUAGAUCAUUUUAAGGUAUAUAGCAGUUUUAAAGGGGAUCCAUUUCCAUCAAACAGCCGAUCAGAGGACUGUUGGGAUUGGAGCCGUGUACUCUGUCUGGGUCUUCACAUCAACCACCUCUCUAGUCAAACCUCACAAGGCAAUAUUCUGAACUGUUAACUAGGUGUUUCAAACAGGAAUUCAAUUCAAUAGGCUCUUCUCAAUGAACAAGUUUUAAUGUUGUUUUGAUGUAAUUUUAAAAGACUUUUGGCAAACAUGCAUUUCUUUAUAUAUUUCUUUUAAGAAGCUAUUUUAAAAGUAAGCCAAGUGCUGUCUAGUCUGCUUAUGGAGUUAGGGAUUGCAUCAGAGUCCAUAUAUUCUCGCUGUACAAUGCCUGUGAUGUUGAGGAGGGUUCUUUUUUAAAGUGUAUGCUUGAGCAUCUGACUCUGUGGAGUCUGCAAAUGCACUGACUUUGUUUGUACCCCAAAACGAUGGAAUUGUUAAGUACAAAAUUAAGCUAAUGAAUCAGUUUGUAACCAUUUUUUCACUCACACACAGCAACUCAACACUAGACAAUUUUGUUUUAUAUAUGUAUGUGUAUGUAUGUAAAUACAUACAUCUUAAUUUAUAUUAGAGUGAAAAAUAAAUGGUUUGUUUCUAAAGUUAGUUUCUAAAGUGAGUUUUCAGGUGUCUCUGAAAAGUUUCUAUCAGACACUUAAUCAUCGUGUAUUCUAUGUGCUAUGACAUCAUGUAAGUUACCUCCAUCUAUUUUAGGAUCUUUUCCUCACCUAUUUAUUAUAGGGAGGGUAAUUUAGGUACACAAGCUCAGAGCUGAGAGAUUUCUCUGAUAAAUCAGGUAAUAAAAUUUAUUUGAUUGAUGGAAUUUUGAAGUAGAUGUGAUUUUAUCCAUCAGUUUCUGAGUAUCUGCUGAGUAACAAAGAGCACCAGAUUUUAAUUUAAACAGGGGAUUUAACACUAGGGAUCAGGGAAUUUAGUUACGAAGAGUUAAAAAUUAAAAAAAAAACAAAACAGUGUAAGCUGUUGAAAUGGUAAGUGAAUUAUUUUAAUGAUGUAAUAAGAUAUUUUUAAAUUUUGACAUAGUUGUCAUUUAAUGGGAAAGUAACUCACCAAAAUGUCUCCACUUGAAUUGUAUUGAUAGGUGAGACGUGUGUAAUUCAAUAUAUACAUAUACCUGUAUGUAUAUGCAGAAAAUUAUUUUUAAUAUUUUCCUACUGAUUAAGAAAUUUAAAAUUGGAAAUUUUGUGAGUUUUUUCCUCGUCCAAUAGGGCCUAAUUUUUUUCUUUUUUUUAGUGAUUUAACAAUUUGAGGGCUGCACCUUUAAAUUCCCAGAGUGUCAUUAGACGUGUACAGUAUAUGGGAUAAGGGUGGACACAAGUGCACAUAUAAAUAAAAUCUUAAGACUAUUUUAAAUAUUCAUUUAUAGUAGGAGAGUAUCUAGAAAUCAUCAUCUACAAGUCAUAAUUAGGUUGUGUGUCUACUAUAGUU